AUGCAGAGUGACUCUUCACUAGAGAUUUGCGAGAUCUUCGCCAAUAAAUCCUACGGCUCGUUGGAAGAUCAUCUGGAUAGCGGAUUCAUAAAUCUGGACGCAAACGAAACUUCUCGAAGCGAUACGCUCUUGGCUUUGGAGCUUAAGGUGGUAAAGUUGAGUGAAAUAUUGCAGGAACAGAACCAGCUACUUCAAGAUUUAAAAGAAGAAAUUUUUAUUUUGAAAUCAUGCUCUGUCAAGAACGACGACCAAAAGACAGAGAUGUCAGAAUCGUCUAACAAUACAGUUGGGAAUACAAAGAUUUCUCUUGAUAUGGAGGAUCUGAGUCUAGCGCAAAGUAUGGAGAUGGAUUUGAAAAAUAUAAUAACAGAUUAUCUGAAAAGCGAUGAUCUCAAGGACCACCUCACUGCGACGAUAGUCGAGCGUUUGAAGGAGGUGAUGAGGCAAUGUCUGUCUGAAGCAUUCAGACAGGUCUACCUGCCGUUCCUGGAGCGAUCUCAACGACGGCUGCUAACUCAUGUUUCAAGAACCCUACAUAAUGCUUUUCAUGAGUUAGAAAAGAAGAGUUACUUCCUAUAUAAAUCGGUUCAUAAAUCGACCCGAACUCUUAAAUAUGCUAUAGAAAAGCAUUUGAUAUCUCUGGAAAACGAUAAACCGUCUACUGUUUUACAAUUUAUGCAGAACAAUUUGGAAUCUAUCUUAAAAACUGAAAUAAGUGAAUGGAUAAAGAGUUUCUUAUCGCCCCCGUUUCUGCCUGUAUCCCAUGAGGACAACUACUGUGAAGAAGAUACUUUAAUGACAUCGACCAGCCCUCCACAACCGACGGACCCAGAACUAUCUAUUAUUGAUCAACUAAUGAAGUCAGCCCGAAUAAACAAGCAGAUAGAAAAUGGCGAGAUUAACGAGGCUUUCGAAGAAGCUCUGUCCUCGGCCGACCUGUCCCUGGUGAUGACGGCUUGUCGUGCCGCCCACCCGCAGAGAGUCUUCGAGCCUUGCCGACUGAAACAACCUGUUCUACUGGCUCUCAUACAACAACUGGCCACCGAUAUGGUGCAUGACACACAACUUAAAUGCAGAUAUUUGGAGGACGCUUUAAUAAAACUAGACGUAUCAGAUGAAGUAACACGAGCACAUUUACCAUUGAUUGUAGGCGAAAUUCGUAAACAUCUUUCAAGAUUUCUUCGAUCUUAUCCUAGCCAUGUCGCAGGCCGACGAAUAACUUUAAUAGUGAUGGUAGCAGACAAUUUACUUAAUAACGCAAAAUAA